UCAGUAACCUCUCACUUCCCGUUCUUGUUUGUCUUAUGUUUCUUCUUGAACUGAACUUGGAGAAAUUAUCAAACAGAGUGCUGCGAAGGGAAAUAACAAGAUUUGGACCUGAUCAAUUUUUCUGACAAAUCCUACAUACAUGAUCCGGGCUAUUCCAAGCAAUGCAGCUGACAAUGUGUAUUGUACACUCAUUGCUCAGAGUGCUGUUCAUGGAGCUAUGGCCGGGUACACAGGCUACACAAGUGGGCUUGUUAAUGGCAGACAAACUUAUAUUCCUUUCUAUUUGGUAUUAUAUAUUAUCUAUGAAGUGGAGCAUUCUGUAAGGAGGAUCUUCAUGCAACUGAAUAAAAGAAUCAUAACCGCUGACUGGUUUUAAAUGUCCUGAAGGGUAUAAGUGAUGAAGACUGCAGGUUGUUGGGCUUGAAUCCUAAGUAUGCCCGUUCAGAUUGGAUGAAAUUGCAAUAGGAUGUCAUUGUGGUAUGAGUGUACUACAGAAAGAGUUGAAGAACUGUUCCAAUAGUCUCAUACCUUGUUAUUUUCUUUGAUUUCUUUGUUCUUAUAAUUUUUGGUGAGAGCAAAGUGUAGUUUGAGAUUGAAUUUUUAGUGAUUGUUUUUGCCAAAUCACAUAUUGUACGUACUAUUGCUAUUGUAUACAAGUUAAAUUCUCAAGUUUUCUUCUUAGUUAAAUUCUUUGGUUGUG